AUGAGCGAGAGGCGGAGGUCGGCGGUGGCCCUCAGCUCCCGGGCGCACGCAUUCUCUGUCGAAGCCUUGAUUGGGACGAAUAAAAAGAGGAAACUGCGGGACUGGGAGGACAAGGGGCUGGAUUUGUCCAUGGAAAGCCUCAGCCCCAAUGGCCAGCUGGGCGACGGCGAGGACCCGACGCAAUGCCUGGACCUCAACCCCGACUCAGAACAGAGCACUGGGUCAGACACAGAGGUGUUGGCAGAAAGAACAUCCUGCUCUUUUGGCUCCCAUUCUGACCUUACAUCUGGUGGAUCGGGUCCUCAGCCUCCUCCACCUUCAUCCAUGGAAGAGAUCCAAGUUGAACUGCAGUGUGCUGACCUCUGGAAAAGAUUUCAUGACAUUGGGACAGAGAUGAUCAUCACAAAAGCAGGCAGGAGAAUGUUUCCGGCCAUGAGGGUGAAAAUCACAGGUUUGGAUCCUCACCAGCAGUAUUAUAUUGCUAUGGACAUUGUACCAGUGGAUAACAAGAGAUACAGGUAUGUGUACCACAGCUCCAAAUGGAUGGUGGCUGGCAAUGCCGACUCUCCAGUGCCCCCCAGGGUUUACAUCCACCCGGACUCAUUGGCUUCUGGAGACACCUGGAUGAGGCAGGUGGUCAGUUUUGACAAGCUCAAGCUGACCAACAAUGAACUUGAUGAUCAAGGACAUAUAAUUUUACAUUCAAUGCAUAAGUACCAGCCUCGUGUUCACGUCAUCCGCAAGGAUUUCAGCAGUGAUCUUUCUCCGACGAAGCCAGUUCCCUCAGGAGAUGGGGUAAAAACCUUCAACUUCCCUGAGACUGUCUUCACCACAGUGACAGCCUACCAGAAUCAACAGAUCACCAGAUUAAAAAUUGACAGAAAUCCUUUUGCUAAAGGCUUCAGAGAUUCUGGGAGAAACAGGACAGGGCUGGAGGCCAUCAUGGAGACCUAUGCCUUCUGGAGGCCCCCUGUGCGCACCCUCACCUUUGAGGAUUUCACCACCAUGCAGAAGCAGCAAGGAGGCAGCACUGGCACCUCCCCAACAACCUCCAGCACAGGGACUCCAUCACCCUCUGCUUCCUCUCACCUUCUCUCUCCAUCCUGCUCCCCUCCAGCCUUCCAUCUGGCCCCCAACACUUUCAAUGUUGGUUGCCGGGAGAGUCAGCUUUGCAACCUCAACCUGUCUGACUACCCUCCAUGUGCCAGAAGCAACAUGGCUGCCCUGCAGAGCUACCCAGGGCUGGGCGACAGUGGCUACAACCGGCUGCAGAGUGGCACUGCUUCCGCCUCACAGCCCUCCGAAAGCUUCAUGCCUCAGAGGACUCCAUCUUUGAUCUCAGGAAUGCCAACUCCUUCUUCUCUGCCCAGCAACAGCAAGAUGGAGGCCUACAGCAGCCAGCUGGGGUCCUUCCCCAGCUCCCAGUUUCAGUAUGUCAUGCAAGCAGGCAAUCCUGCAUCCAGUUCUUCUUCUUCACACAUGUUUGGUGGCAGCCACAUGCAGCAGAGCUCCUACAAUGCCUUCUCCCUGCACAAUCCCUACAAUCUCUAUGGAUACAAUUUCCCUGCUUCCCCAAGGCUGGCAGCAAGCCCGGAGAAACUCACCACUUCCCAAAGCACUUUACUCUGCUCUUCCCCGUCCAGUGGGGCCUUUGGAGAGAGGCAAUACCUUUCCACAGGGAUGGAUCAUGGGAUGCACAUGAUCAGCCCUCCCUCCAGCAACCAGCAGACAGCCAAUGCCUGCGACAACAGACAGUAUGGUGCUGUUCAGGGCUCUUCCUCACAGAUGUCUGUGCACAUGGUCUAACCAGCAGUGCCUCUCCUUGGCAUGGAAGGCAAUAGGACCUGCAUUGUUUCCAUGGAUAAAACCAUCCUAGUACCUUUCUGCCUUCAAACUUAUAGAGAAACUAGCAUUGUAAUGAUAAAUUAGAACACAAACCAUCUAGGUAUGCACCACCAAAUCUCGUGGAAAACCUUCAUUGACAGCCAUUGUUGAAAUCCAGGGCCUCUGGACUUGGUGUGGAGUGUCUGCUCCUUCUGGACAUUGCAAAGAGAAGGGCAGGACUUUAAUGAGAAGCUGGAGUGAAGAAACCAAAUAUACAGUUUAUGCAUUAACUCUCAGCUAGUGUGAGCUCUCGGUGUUGAGAGAGCCAUUUCCUUGUGCCGUCUUCUCUGAGUGUUGAAGAAAGGCAGUCUCCCAAGACUUUGUCCUGAAGCUGUACUGCCCAUGAUGGGCCAAAGCUUUAAAGGCCUUCCCCUUCCUGAACUGUCCCUGGCUGCUGAAGCAGCUCAGCCUGUUUCUGAAGCCAUCAGUGACCUAUGGCUCCUUCUACUGUAGCACAGGAAUGACACUGCUGAGUUGGAGCUUCUCUUCCUAAAGAGGUUUCUGUACUUUCAUUGCAGCUCUGCUCGACCAGUGUUUUCUUUUUGA